AUGGUCGGCCAGAUCGGUUAUGUGCUGGUCGAGCCAGACCAGCACCUAACCCUAACCCCGUGCCCAUCUCCCCCGAGCCCGAGCUCUCCUCCACCCCCUGCCCGCGCGCUGCCACCUUCUCCGCCCGCCGCCACCUUCCCAGUCGCCGGCAACCAACUCUCCGCCACCCGCCGCCCUCCUCCCGAGUCCCCUGCUCCCCUCCACCUCUGCAACCACCUCCCCGCCGCCACCUCCACCUCCCCCAAGCUCCCCUCCACCUCCCAAGCACCUCCCUCGAGCUCCUGCGCCGCCGCCCCGCACGAGCACGUACAACCGCAACAGCCGUGCAGCCCCCCGGUGCAGCAGCAGCAGCCGCUCGCCGCCCCCGCAAGCAGCGAGCCGCGCCGCCCUGCGCCAGCACCUACAACAACAGCAGCAGCCAUGCCCCCCGUGCAGCAGCAGCCGCGCCGGCCCCGUGCCCCGACCCGCCGGCCCCUGCCUCCUCUUCGGUGA